AUGUUCGCGAUGGAGGUUGACUCGCCGCCGGAAUCCGGAGGUCAAUCUCACCAUGAUCUGAUGAUUCAGAGGCUUUUACAGAUGGGGAUUCCCUGGGACAAGUUAUACCAGGGACAGUCUGGUUUGGUGGCUUAUGCAACGGCCAACAGAUUGAGCAAGAGAGACCUGUUCCACGCAAUCAUGCUUUCCGACGAGGAGGAGGUGGAUGAGGACGUUUUCCAGGAGAGCAUGACCUGGUUGCAGUGGUUGAUGUUUGAAGGCGACCCACAAGAGGCGCUCGAGAACCUUGCUAGAACGAGCUCCGAUGAACGAGGGGUGUGUGGGGCCGUCUGGGGGAACAACGAUAUCGCGUACCGCUGCCGGACAUGUGAGCAUGACCCUACAUGCGCAAUUUGCGUUCCCUGUUUUGAGAAUGGGGACCACAAGGACCAUGACUACUCGGUUAUAUACACUGGUGGUGGGUGCUGUGAUUGCGGGGAUAUUACUGCUUGGAAACGCGAAGGGUUCUGUGCGAAGCACAAAGGUGCGGAGCAGAUUCAACCGCUUCCCGAGCAUUAUGCGGAGUCUUUGGGCCCUAUUCUGGAUUUACUGCUCGGUUAUUGGAAACGGAAGCUUGUUGCCGCUAAGUUUUCUUCUGAGGCAAGCCCUAGAGUGGUCAAUCAUGGUGGGGAACUCGAAAGGGUUGCAGAGGUGUUGACGUCAGCUGUGGUGGAGAUGCUAUUGGACUUUUGUAGAUACAGUGAGAGUCUGCUCAGUUUUAUUUCACAGAGAGUGUAUUCCUCAGCAGGGCUGUUAGAUGUCCUUUUGAGGGCAGAGAGAUUCAACAUGAGUAGUGAUGUUGUCGGGAAGCUCCACGAGCUGCUUCUGAAAAUGUUGAGUGAGCCAGUAUUCAAGUACGAAUUUGCCAAAGUUUUUGUGCUCUAUUACCCAACCAAUGUAGAUGCGGUAAUAAACGAGGGAAGUGACACUGCUUUUAAAAGGUACCCGUUGCUGCCGACAUUCUCUGUACAGAUUCUUACUGUCCCUACCCUAACCCCACAGCUUGUGGAGGAAAUGAAUCUGCUGGGCGUGCUGUUUCAGUGCUUGGAAAAAAUUUUCGUUUACUGUGCUGGAGAAGAUGGAAAGCUGCAGGUUACUAAAUGGGGAAACUUGUAUGAAACUACAGUUCGUGUGGUUGAAGAUAUUAGAUUUGUGCUGAGCCAUUCUGCUGUUCCCAAAUACUUGUGCCUCCGUAGGCGAGACCUAGUUCGAUCGUGGUUGAGACUCUUGGCUUUUGUGCAAGGGAUGAACUCACUAAAGAGAGAAAUAGGGAGUCACAUAGAGGAUGAAAAUGAGAAUGUCCACUUGCCUUUUGUCUUGUGUCACUCCAUAUUUAACAUUCUCAAUCUCCUUGUUGCUGCAGCAUUUUCGGUGGCUACUGGUGAUGGCACUAGUGUAGAAACAGUUAGGGCAUAUAACCUCGACUCUGAAGAGCAAGACAACCGAAGACACGCAAAAGUUGGAAGGCUAUCUCAAGAAAGCUCCGUGAGCAGCAUUACUGGAAAGGGCACAUUGGAUCUUAAGUCCCAGGCAACUGAUGAUAGUUUUCCUGUGCCGUCCUUAGCUUUGUGGUUUAUACACGAGUGCUUGAGAUCAAUUGAGAAUUGGAUGGAACUUGACAACACUCUGGGUCUUCUCAGUUCCUUUUCUCAAAAUACAAGCGAUGGCCCGGGCAAUAAUUUCCUGGCUCUGAAGAGAACGCUCUCCAAGUUCAGAAAAGCUAGACUAUUUAAAUCACCCAUUUCAUCGGAUAGUAAGCCUCCUACCAUUUUGAGUGAAGCUCAUAACUAUACCCCACACGGUGGAUUGAGUAUUUGUGUUGGACCUGAGGGCAGCCAAUCUGUAAGUCAAGCGUCUUUUGGUGGUAGUGAUGAGAGUCUCCUAGGAGAGAGCACGUCCGAGCUGGAGGGCUUUCGGGUUCUGAGUUUACCAGAUUGGGCCGAUAUCGCAUAUGAUGUUAGUUCACAGGAAAUAUCCAUGCACAUUCCAUUGCACCGACUUCUUUCUAUGACUCUGAGAAGGGCUUUGGAGGAAUGUUUUGGUGAAUCCGGAUCAUUGUAUAGUCCGAGUGCUUGCUCGAGUGAUCGACCAUCCCUAAAAUUCGGUGAUUUCCUUGGUCUCGCGUUGGAUGGAUGCCAUCCUUAUGGGUUUUCUGCUUUCAUGAUGGAACAUCCUUUGCAAAUAAGAGUGUUCUGUGCUCAGGUUCGGGCUGGGAUCUGGAACAGGAAUGGGGAUGCACCAAUCUUGUUCAGUGAGUGGUAUCGCUCAGUCCGCUGGUCCGAACAAGGUCAAGAUCUUGAUCUCUUCAUGCUUCAGUGUUGUGCUGCAUUAGCUCCACCAGAACUUUUUGUCCAACGAAUCCUGGAACGUUUUGGGCUUUCGAGCUAUCUGUCCCUGAACCUUGAACAGUCUAGUGAGCAUGAAGCAGUUCUAGUUACAGAAAUGCUUGCUCUUCUAAUACAAAUAGUGAAAGAACGAAGGUUUUGUGGGCUAACAGCUGUGGAAUGUUUGCAAAGAGAGUUGGUGUACAAGCUGUCGAUGGGAGAUGCCACUCGUAGUCAGCUUGUGAAAUCCCUACCUCGUGAUCUUUCGAAAGUUGAUGAGCUUCAAGAAGUAUUGGAUAGAGUUGCUGAAUAUUCACAUCCAUCUGGCAUGACACAGGGUAUGUAUAAGCUGCGGUCGUCUUACUGGAGGGAACUCGAUUUAUAUCAUCCCCGCUGGAACUUGAGGGAUCAGCAAGCAGCAGAAGAAAGAUACUUGCGGUUUUGUAAUGUUUCUGCAUCGGCUACUCAAAUUCCUAGGUGGACAAAGAUUUACCACCCACUUAAGGGAAUAGCCAGAAUUGCUACUUGUAAAACACUUCUACAUAUAGUCCGUGCAGUUCUCUUUUAUGCUGUUUUCACUGACAAGUCCGCCGCAUCACGCGCUCCAGAUAGUGUUCUUCUGACCGCUCUGCAUUUGUUGGCACUGGCACUCAAUGUUUGUCAAUUAUGCAAGGAAUCAGGUGAUCCAUUAUGCUAUGCGGGUAAUGUGUUUCCAAUAUUGGCAUUUGCUGGUGAAGAAAUAUGCACGAUCAAGUAUGGUGAACACAGCUUGUUGUCACUACUUGUCUUGUUGAUGAGGAUGCAUGAGAAAGAAGCUGCUCGAAACAUAACGGAGGCUGGUAGUUUUGAUCUAUCAUCCUUAAUUUCUAGUUUGAUCAAGUCCUUGGUGGAGCUUGAACCGGAUUGCAUGAACAGAUUGCAGAAACUGACGCCCCAAUUAGCUGAUCAAUUCUCAUAUUCAAUUAUAAGCGAUAGUGCAAAGGACAUGGAUUUGACUUCCGACAGCGAAAAGCGCAAAGAGAAGUCUCGAGAAAGACAAGCUGCUAUCUUGGAAAAGAUGCGAGCCCAACAGUCCAAAUUUUUGGAGGAAUUUCAUUCAAGCCUAGAUGAUGAGAUGGAGAAUGAUAAAUCUGAGGACAAAGAAUGUGAUUUUGAUGUCAGUAACGCCACCCAAGAGUCAGCCCAAGUAACAUGUUCCCUAUGCCACGAUCCCAAGUCUAAAAGUCCUGUUUCAUAUUUAGUACUUCUUCAGAAAUCCAAGCUUUUGAGUUUUGUCAACCAUGGGCCACCAUCAUGGGAAGUCAGGCGAUCUGGUAAAGAGCAUGCUUCUAGUGAUACAAGCAUACCCAGUGAUUUAUCUCCAACCAGUACCUCAAAUGGUUCAGAAACAAUCUCAUCUUCUCAGUUGCAAGAUGUGGUUCAGAGUGCUCUAAAUGAUUUUGCUUCUACAGGGCAGACUCAUGAAUUGAAUGGUUUCGUAGAAUUUAUUAAUGCUAAAUUCCCUUUGGUUAAUAAUAUCCAACUUCCUUGCACGUCAAAAGAAGCAGCUGACAAAAAAGCAUACUCCCUCGAGGCAUUCGAGGAAAGCAUUUAUUUGAUGAUCAGGGAAAGUCAUACCAGCUUCUCUUUGGGAAAUAAUGAAAAAUGUUCGACUUCUGGGAGCAGCAAGGAAAGAAGCAGCUGUGAUGAAUCUCUUUUGCUUGGUAAGUACAUUGCUUCCUUGCCUAAGGAGCCAGCGGAUAGCCCCUCGGCUUCACAGAAUGGGUUCUCAGAAAUGAAAUCAGAAUCAAGUAUGAUCCGUCCAGGAUCUGAUGACUUUGGCCCCUCUGGUGCCGAUGGAAUUUUUGUUUCUUCCUGUGGGCAUGCAGUGCAUCAAGGAUGUUUGGAUCGUUAUUUAUCAUCACUGAGGGAAAGAUAUAGCAGAAGAACUGUGUUUGAAGGAGGGCACAUUGUGGAUCCAGAUCAGGGUGAGUUCCUUUGUCCAGUGUGUCGGGGACUUGCUAAUUCAGUCCUGCCAGCUCUGCCUGGAGAUGGGACAAGGGUGUCUCAGCGACAGAUUUGCCCAAACAUCAAUUUUGCAGAAUCUUGUGGCCCUUCGACCUCAUCAAAUAGAGACUCUACCCUUCAUAUGCGAGAUGGUUUGUCUCUUUUACAGAGGGCCGCAAAUAUUGCUGGGAGUAGCGAGAGUCUGAAAGCUUUACCAGUUAGGAAUGUGAUAAUGAAGCCAAAUCUAGAACCUAUCAUUCGUUUAUUAUGUGGGAUGUAUUAUCCAGGCCAAGACAAAGUUCUAGAAUCUGGCAGGAUGAGCCGUUCAGUUAUCCUGUGGGACACGCUGAAGUAUUCCCUCAUCUCAUCUGAAAUUGCAGCCCGGUCGAAGAAGAGCUCAUUGAGCCCAAAUUACAGUCUUGGUGCUUUAUUUAAGGAGCUUAAAAGUUCUAGCUGUUUUACCUUGUCCUUGCUUUUAGAUGCUAUUCAAAGCAUACGGUCAUCAGAUUCUCAGACUUUGUUUUUAAGAUUAUGGAGUCUUCAGCUGUUUGCCGGGUCCUUAUGUCGUGGUUCUUAUCCAGAUGAACCAGUCAGUUAUCCGAAAGGAGAUAAUAUACUUUACAUAUUGGAAAAUGCCGAACCGGAUGUGCGGUAUCCAGAUGUCCAAUUGUGGAGACAAGCAUCCGAACCUAUUCUCGCUCAUGAUGCAUUUUCGUCAUUCAUGUGGAUGCUCUUCUGUCUUCCAUCCCCAGUACUAUCCUGCAAGCAAUCCUAUUUAUCCCUAGUGCAUGUUUUUUAUCUUGUUGCAGUGAUUCAGGCUAUUAUUGCAUUUCAAAAAGAAGGACAGAGCACUGAAUCUGAGCCGGGACCAUGUAACAAUAUAAUUGCAGACAUACGCCAUGCAAUGGGUGAAUGUAGAGAGUAUGGGCAGUGUUUCCAGUCCCACUCUGUUAAUCCUGCCUAUGACAUAAAAAAUGCUGUUCGCAGCUUAACGUUCCCUUACUUGAGGAGAUGUGCUUUGCUCUGGAAGCUGAUAAACUGCUCAAACAUGAUUCCUUUUAGUGAUGGCGGGUUAGACUACCUGGGUGGAUCAUCACCCUAUGCAGGUAAUGACUGGGAGAAUACAACUGACAUUGCGGAUGAGCUUCUGGAGAUUGAAAAGCUAGAGGGUAUGUUUGAAAUUCCUUUCCUUGACCACAUUGUUGGUGAUGAGGAAUCACGGCAGACUGCUCGGGGUUGGCUGGGUCAUUUGUUUGAAGUGCUUGAAUCUCGUAAAUCUCAAUGUGUUAUGAGAUUCGGUCCUGCAGUCCCGUAUAAGCUGAUGAUUUUGCCACAUCUAUAUCAGGAUUUGUUGCAGAGGUAUAUUAAAAAACCUUGCCCCGACUGUGGGGUAGUGAAGGAAGAUCCUGCUGUGUGUUUGCUGUGUGGUAAACUGUGCUCCCCAUACUGGAAACUGUGUUGCAGGGAAAGCGGUUGUCAAACUCACGCGAUGGCGUGCGGUGCUGGCAUUGGGGUAUUUUUAUUAGUCAGGAGAACGACAAUCUUGCUUCAGAGAUCUGCACGUCAAGCACAAUGGCCGUCACUGUAUUUGGAUGCAUUUGGUGAAGAGGAUGUUGAGAUGCAUAGGGGAAAACCAUUAUUUCUGAAUGAAGAACGAUAUGCAGCUUUAAAUCAUAUGGUGGCUUGUCAUGGUCUUGAUAGGAGUUCAAAGGUGCUUGGCCAAACCACUAUAGCGAAGAUUUCAGGCUAUUUAGACGUUUUUGACUCUUGGCUCAAAGAUGAUAAAAGGAAACUUUCUAUUAAAAUGAUUUCCAUAGCAAGCGUCUCGGUUGCUCAUUUGCGAGUUUUAGGUAUUUGCAGUGAAAGCGCUCGUCCGGUUCUUUAG